AUGUCUGCCGGAGAGUCAUCAGCGCUUAGAAAGGCCGCCCUUACCAAGAGCAGCUCUGUCGACGACACCAACCGCCAAACCGGCCUAGCCCGGGGAUGGGCGUUCGUCGCGAGCCAGAAGACGGCGCCGGCGCCCAAACGCUCCAUCCCCGUCAUCUACGACGCAAAGAAAGAGUCCCACACGAAGGCACUCGCUACGGUCCUACAGCGCAGCCUCGACAAGGCCAAGCACGCGAAACGCGUCGACACGUACGCGGAAAAGCCCGCAGACAACGCCGAGGAUGUGACCGUGGAGUUUGUCACCAUCUCGGAGCGGAUGGCGCUGCAGAAGAAACUCGGAGGCGAGGUUAAGCGCGUCUUUGUCGACGGCGGCGUCAAGGCGGCCAUUCAGCUGCCCUCCAACGUCCCGACCCCGGUCUCGUCGCGCCCGCAGACACCCGUGUCGGGGGACAAGCCCAAGGCCUGA